AUCGAGAAUGCAGCAAUCUUUGCGCUUUGAAUUCCUAUUGAUCGCUUACGGCAUUAUUCUCGUUGUCUGGGGAAUCAAUGGCCUAAACAUUCCCGAGUGCAGUGGUCAAAAUGGAAUUAUCAACAAUACCCGAACGAACUGCAGUUACUCCUUCAUCAAUUGUUCCGCGGAGGAUUCGAUGUUUUGCACGGACAACAGGACCUGUAAUGCCAACUUCACCUGUGGCGACAUAGACCAUGUGGAUAAUACGACUGCCGCACCGAUCUUAACUACUCCGAGUGUUAUAACUACACCUUCAACAACCGCCUCACCCUCCGAUGUUCGACGUCAGUGUCGUCAGGGUGUGACCAAGAGGUUUAGUUAUCCACAGAAUUGCAACUAUUUCUACUACUGCGUGGAUGGCUUUCUACUUGUGGAGCAGUGUCCUAUUGGCUAUGCCUUCGAUUCCCGAACUGGAGCUUGCGGUGGUCUUAUUAGAAACUCUGACGAUUGUGCGUUGAAGUAGAGAAAAGGGCAAAAAAUCACAAACCACUUUUAAUUAAGCCUCUUGUCAUGUCAAAUAAAAUCAUUAUAGAAAAUAAAAUGAAUUUAGAGUCUUAUCAGUGAACAAGCAAACCGAACCGUAUUUCCACCU